GUGUCCGUAGUAGUAGUAGUAGCGGUAGUAGUAGCGGCGGCGGUAGUGGGAGGCAGCCGGGAGUGAGAGAGGCACCACCGGGACGAGAGAAACGGAGAGGGAAGGAGACGGGGACCACGAGGACGGCGACGAGGCGUCACCAACAUCGUCGUCGCCCGCUCGCCGUCGCCAACGCCAUCGCCGUCGCCGUCGCCAUCGUCGCCGUCGCCGUCGUCGCCGCGGCGGCGAGAUAAUACCCGGUCCCCCGCCGUCCUCGAUCGGGACCCGCUCGCCGGCUUGAGUCGUAACGCGCUCGCCGGCUGCGCCGCGCCGUCGGCCGCGUGCGCGAAAGAGAGAAAGAGAGAGAGAGGCGGAGAGGAGCAGCAGCCGCAACGAAGGUCGCCGCCGAUCGGCGAGCAGCGCUCGCUGCCGCUGCGAAUCGCUCGCGCGCCCUCCUCUUUCCCCUCCUUUCCCUCUACCUCCUCCUGCUCCUCCUCCUUCUUCGCCUUCGCCACCUCCUCCGUCAAAGGAGGAUUCCGCUGUUCUGAGCCAUGGCGUGCUGCCUGUCGGAAGAGGCGAAGGAACAGAAACGCAUCAACCAGGAAAUCGAGCGGCAACUGCGGAGGGACAAGCGGGAUGCCAGGCGGGAACUCAAACUGCUCCUACUCGGAACCGGCGAGUCGGGCAAGUCCACCUUCAUCAAGCAGAUGAGGAUUAUCCAUGGUUCCGGCUACUCGGACGAGGACAAGAGAGGAUUCAUCAAACUUGUGUACCAAAACAUUUUCAUGGCGAUGCAGUCCAUGAUCCGGGCGAUGGAUCUCCUCAAGAUCCAGUACGGCGAUUCCUCGAAUAUAGAAAAAGCGGAACAAGUGCGGAGCGUCGACUUCGAAACAGUGACGACGUUCGAGAGUCCGUACGUGGAAGCAAUCAAGGACCUGUGGGCGGACGCGGGUAUACAGGAGUGCUACGAUCGUAGACGGGAAUACCAGCUCACGGAUUCCGCCAAGUAUUACCUAAUGGAGAUAGAUCGAGUCGCGGCACCAAACUACCUCCCCACAGAACAGGACAUUCUUCGUGUGAGAGUGCCCACCACCGGUAUAAUUGAAUAUCCCUUUGACUUGGAAGAGAUCCGAUUUAGUUAUCUUAGUGACCUAGAGCGUAUCGAAAAGCCCGAUUUCCUUCCGACCGAGCAAGACAUCCUCCGGGCACGAGCUCCCACCACCGGAAUUAUAGAAUAUCCAUUUGAUCUGGACUCCAUCAUAUUUAGGAUGGUAGACGUCGGUGGACAGAGGUCGGAAAGAAGAAAGUGGAUCCAUUGUUUCGAGAACGUUACUUCAAUUAUAUUUUUAGUAGCUCUAAGUGAAUAUGAUCAAAUUCUAUUUGAAUCGGAGAACGAGAAUCGAAUGGAAGAAAGUAAAGCACUGUUCAAAACGAUUAUAACAUAUCCCUGGUUUCAACACUCCUCUGUUAUCCUGUUUCUCAACAAGAAAGAUCUGCUAGAAGAAAAGAUUAUGUACUCUCAUCUCGUCGACUACUUUCCGGAAUAUGAUGGUCGGCAAAGAGAUGCUAUACAAGCUAGAGAAUUCAUCCUGAGGAUGUUCGUUGACUUGAAUCCAGACAGCGAGAAGAUUAUUUAUUCCCACUUUACGUGUGCCACAGAUACGGAAAACAUCAAGCUUGUAUUCUGCGCUGUUAAGGAUACGAUCAUGCAAACCGCGCUUAAGGAGUUUAAUCUUGCUUAACGUGACUGUAUAGAUGUUAUCAAGUAUACGCAGAUUCUUGACGAUAUUAGUUGAUAUUAGGAUGCCGAUUAGAUGCCGAGAAUGACGUAGACUUGUAAAACAGAUUUAUGACGAAGCUGCCUUAUAAUUCAAUCAACGAACACUACAGAAGUGGCUAAAUAAUAUAGCGAUUGCCUGACAGAUAUUAUUGAAAAAAGUGAAUUGUUGAAGAUUAUUUGUUUAAUUUUUUUUUCAUAUGUUACUGUUUACAAUUGAAUUCCGCAGCUUAGGGUCUGUGUCAUUCUCAGCAAUUGGUCGUCAACUGCGAAUACAACUUUACUUUUGAAAAUUUCGAAAAUAACUGCCAGCUUUAUCGUUGACAAGAACAUAUUACGGUAUACGUUGAGUAAAAAUAUAUUAUCAAAGCCUCCUAACCCCGAAAUAAAAGGAACAUAGCAAUUAAUGUUCGCUCUAAUAAUUGCUAAAAUUAAUUUCUUGCAACAUUGCGUUACUAAUAUGCCUUUGUUAUAAACUAGCGGUAUUUUUAUUAAGUGUACUAUAUUAUCAGAGUCUGGCAAAAAAUAGAAUAUUCCAUUACUUGUGAUUAAGAUUCCAUUUGUUUCACAAACGCUACUUAUAUGAAGAUAAUACAAUAUUUUUAUAAUGAUUGUAAAAUUCGUAUAUAUAUAUACAUAUACAUAU